AUGAAUACAGUGAAAGAGUAUAACGUUGUGUUUAAAAUGGAAGUUGACAUAAAUGGAGACUCCAGAACUACCCUAUCCACCCUCCCUGUGCCUCUUGCAGAGGUGAGUCCUGCAGGCAGGAUGGAAGCAGAGAAGCCGCGCUGUUCCAGUACACCCUGCUCACCAAUGCGACGGAUGGUUACAGGAUAUCAGAUCCUUCACAUGGAUUCUAACUAUCUGGUUGGCUUCACGACUGGAGAGGAGCUGCUAAAAUUAGCCCAGAAGUGUACAGGAAGUGAAGAGAAUAAAGGGGAAUCUGGGCCAAACUUGCGCUCCAAACAACUUGAUUCAGGACUUACACGUUCCUCCCAUUUGUAUAAAACUAGGAGUAGGUACUAUCAGCCAUAUGAGAUCCCAGCAGUAAAUGGAAGGAGGAGGAGACGGAUGCCCAGCUCAGGGGAUAAAUGCACUAAGACUUUACCAUAUGAACCUUACAAGGCACUUCAUGGUCCCCUGCCUCUUUGCCUUUUGAAAGGUAAAAGGGCUCAUUCGAAAUCCCUGGACUACCUCAAUUUAGACAAAAUGAGCAUCAAGGAACCUGCUGACACAGAAGUGCUACAAUACCAGCUACAACACCUUACCCUUAGAGGGGACCAUAUGUUUGCAAGAAAUAACACAUGA